AGUUCAGUAUUUCAAUAUUUCAACUUCAACUUAGAACAAUAUUUGGCGACUGGCGGAGUGGAAGAACAAGCUGUCGAGUUUAUGUCGAUCGCUAGUAAACGUGAAAAGUGUUAAAAUAUAUUAUAUGGGUUAAAACAUAAUAUACUUUUGUUUUGCUGUAUUUCGUGAAAAGUUUAAAUCACAAUCAUCAACUCCUAGUAAUGUUAUGCUUGCAAAUAAGUGUUUAGAUUAGUAGUGCAUAUAUGUUAGGAAGUAACAAAUUGAGAAAAACAUAAAGAAAAUGCCUUUAUUUGGUGGUAAGGAAAAGAAACAGAAGAAAGAUGGGCGAGAUAGCGACAAGCAGCCGUCUUUGGAAGACAAAUAUUACUUGAAGGAACUCCUUGGGACGGGAGCUUUCUCUGUCGUCAGACUUGCUGAAAGUAAGGAUAAUCCUGGUAUUAUGCACGCUGUGAAAAUUAUUGACAAAAAGGCGCUGAAGGGCAAGGAAGACUCACUGGAAAAUGAAAUAAAGGUGCUUCGCCGGUUAAAACACCCAAAUAUCGUGCAACUUUUAGAGACCUUUGAAGAUAAAUCAAAGGUGUACCUAAUUAUGGAAUUGGUCACUGGUGGAGAACUCUUUGACAGAAUUGUAGAGAAAGGUUCCUAUACAGAAAAAGAUGCGGCUGAUUUAAUAAGACAAGUUUUGGAAGCAGUAGACUAUAUGCACGAACAAGGAGUUGUACACCGUGAUCUUAAGCCGGAGAAUUUGCUUUACUACAGCCCAGAUGAAGACAGUAAAAUAAUGAUUAGUGAUUUUGGGUUAUCAAAAAUGGAGGAUUCUGGCAUAAUGGCUACAGCAUGUGGAACUCCAGGCUAUGUUGCUCCAGAAGUACUUGCUCAGAAACCAUACGGUAAAGCAGUGGAUGUCUGGAGCAUAGGCGUAAUAUCCUAUAUUUUAUUAUGCGGAUAUCCUCCGUUCUAUGAUGAAAACGAUGCUAACCUGUUUGCCCAAAUUCUUAAAGGUGAAUUCGAAUUCGAUUCUCCAUAUUGGGACGAAAUAAGUGAUUCUGCGAAAGAUUUUAUAAGGAAUUUAAUGUGCGUCAAUGUUGAAAAAAGAUAUACUUGUCGUCAGGCGCUAGGGCAUCCAUGGAUUUCCGGUAACGCUGCUAGUAAUAAAAACAUUCACGGCACUGUAUCAGAACAACUUAAAAAGAAUUUUGCAAAAUCUCGUUGGAAGCAAGCUUAUCAUGCAACAACGGUGAUAAGACAAAUGCAAAAGAUGGCUUUGAGUAGUGGUAGCGGAGGGAAAAGUCCAACCCCCCAACGCAGCAUGUCAUCUCAGUCCGGUGGAACUCCUUGCGGAAGUCUAAAUGGUGCCCAGGACAAGUAAAUCCAGCUAACAAUUAAGAAAAACUAGUUCACUUGCGUCUUAAUACUGCGCUUUCAAAAAAUUAAAGUCAUGUUCUUAAAGCCUAGGGGAAAAUAUACAUAGAUUUACUGAGCCCUUGCAACCUCUCACAUUAAAAUAAGUGGCUGAAUGAACUUUUAGGUGUAGAGGUCUCCAAGUAUAUUAAAUAUUUUCAUUUAACAGCACAUCUUGUUGCCUAUUUUUGAAAUAGGCGAUAAGAUAAUGCAGAAUUUGUAAGGAGCAGUAGAGUAUUCAAAUCUGCUGUUAUUACAAUAUCAGUUGUGUUCAGUGCUUUAUGUGAAAUAUAACUGAGAUUCAAUAGGUAAAAGAAAAGUACAAUUGGUUUUAUUAUAACCUGUCGACCAGUUUCGGACUCUUCAAUUUCCGCCCAUCUUCAGUUCCCUGAUAAAAAGUUCAGCUCAAUAAACUCUUUGUGGGUCUUAGAUUGCUCUGUGAUUUUCCACCAUUCUGCUCUGUUCCUUGCUUUAUUUUUCCAAUAGUCUUGGAUUUUUUCGUUCAAAUGUAGCUAGUUCAAAUCUUCUGUGGUUAGAUUCUGUAAGUUUCCCAUUCCUGUUGAUUGGUUGAAACCAAUCUUUCUUUUUUUUCUUCUUUCUUUAAUUUUUUUAGUGAGUAUUACUGUCCCUGUUGGUCUUUUGUGUUAUUUUCUUGUUAUAAAAAUGAAGUGAAUAUACACAAUACUCACAUAAAAAUGUGCUACGGGUACUAUUCUCUACAUAUUUCCUUAAUCCACUGUCCUUCUAUGUAUGAGCAGGAAUUUGGCACCUUCUUUUUCGGAGGUUCGUGUAUAAAAGUCUUCGAAUGUUUGAGACCCGUUUUUUCGUACCAGUGGUACCAGGUUACGAUUUAACGGUUCCACUCGGUUUUCUGGCUGUGCUUCCUGCUAUGCCAACGAAAGGUACUGGGUCAAUGAAUGUUUCUUUUGUCCCUUAUCUGGUCCGCUUUUUCGUUCCACUAUAAUAAAAUAAAACCAAGUGUGAGUAAGUAUUUCUCUUUUUCUUUUACACAUUGAAAAUGAACUCACAUUAGCAAACACGUCAUCAUUAUAACUGAUAUUAUUAUUUUGGCACUAGGUGUCUUUACCGUUUAGAAUUAAAAAAAACUAUAAAAAGAUUUAUCUGUAGCUUUACCUAUUUUAUCUAUAUUGGCUUCUAAUUUAAAUAGAAAAGUAAAUACGGUUGUUCUAUAAUUCAAAUAUAUUCACAACGAUUCAAAUCAGAGAGGCUUAUAUAUCACUGUAUGUACAUAGUUCUGGUCAUUUCUUUUAGAAGCUGAUAUAGUAAUAUUGAUUUUUUUAAGAAACUAAAUUCCCAGACAAUAUCUGUCUGACAAGUCACUUUUUUCAACACAUUUUGAAUUUGUAGAGUUUCAGCUUGUAUGUGCUCUUGUAAAUAAUUCCCCUGCUCAUGUCUUUGAGUGUGGAAUUGAUCCAAUACCAGCUUUUUGAAACGCCAUUCUUUUGUUCCAUAUUUUCGCAAGAUUCCUAGGUAUUUAUUUGGAAUCAUUUGAAAAAGGGAUUUGAUUAAUUGUAUAUACUGGUGACCACUUUUUGUGUGUGCAGUGUGCACCGGUUUGGUACUUGCUUUAUUUGGAAUCUUUGUGUAGGCUCUUUGCAGCAUCCUCAUGUCUUCUUCAAAUGACAAAGAUGCACGUCUGUAUUGUCACUCUACCUACUUCUUUCUUCUAGUUUUUUUAUAGUUUUUGAUUAUUUAGUGAUUCCAUAACCUAAGUGUUUGUUUCAUACAUACUGUUUGGUUUUAAAUUAGAUAUACGGCCUGGAAAUGGCAACACUGUUUCCCCGCUGCCCACCUAAUGCACUUGACUAGCGCCGAUUCAUUCGUCAUUCUACAGUGGCAAUGCAACUCACUCCCAUAAGCAAUGUUGCCGAUUUUAGUGCUUCCUUCAGUCGCGUAUAUCCAAUCGAAAACUAAACGUGUUGUAUGAUGAAAAACAGAUUUUUAGAAGUGGUAAUUUUGAACUUUCUCUGCAAUUAUUUUUGUUUAUGGUGUGUUUUCUGAAUAAUAUUCAUAAAAACACUUACUGUGAUUUCUUUUAUUGAGACAUCCACUGUGGCUAUUGUCUGCAUAAUAGUGCUCAUCAAUUUCGUUUUCUAAGGUAUCUUUAAAAUAGAAGAACAUAUUUUAUCUAGAAUAUCGAUACUUAAUAAUAUCAUAUAUCAUCAGAGCUUAUUUUUGCUUCACAAAUAUUAUUUUUGUAAGUGUAAAUAUACGAGAGCUUUUAUACUUAGAAUUAGGCAGAGAAAAUCUGCCAGUGUAGUGUAACCAAAUAUACAUUCCAAAGAAGGAUCUGCGAAGUAUUUGGCACUUACUUAAUUUUGAAUGUUAACCAAAAAUGUGUAAAGGGAAAUGUACAAUGAAAUGAAAGUGAGAGACAUCUUAUAUUUCAGUUCGUUCAGAGAGGACCAUAAACCCCUUACGUACGUUUUAUCCUUAUUAGAGAUCAUCGGAGGGGUAUAUAUGGUUACCGGGUAUACAGUAUGUCCCUGUAAGUUGGAACCAUAUGGAAAACUUUUUUAUUAUUAAUUUUACGAAAAAAAGUUGUUCUUCAUAAAAAGCUCUGCAUGGUCUAAAACCUAAGAUUCAAAUAUCAAAUUUUAUGAAUAUUAUACGAGGUAUGUCGAAAAAUAUGAAUUUCGCUCAAGAGUAAAGUAGUUUUAUUUUUCACAAUAUUGAAAAUUGUUAUUACGAAAAGUUUUUUGGAAUUAAGAAUUAUAUUCUAAUAUGCAAUUACAUCCUUCUAAUCAAAGAAAAAAAUCAAAUGGAUAAUCAACAUUAUUUUCAGUUAUUUCAAUUAUGAUAACUCUAUUAUUAAUUUUACGAAAAGAAAGUUAUUCUUUGUAAAAUGUUCUGCAUGGCCUAAAACCUAAAAUACAACCAUCUUAUAAAAAUUUAUCAAUUUUAUACGAGGUAUGUCAAAAAAUAUAAAUUUCGAACAAGAGCAAAUAAAAAAACAUUUGUUUUUCACAAUAUCGAAAAUUGUGGUUAUAAAAAGUUGUUUAGAAUUAAAAUCUAUGUUCCAAUAUGUACAGUAAAACCUCUGUUAACCGAAAUAAUUGGGGGGAGACCGUUUAGGAUAACAAGAAUUUCGGUUAAAAAUAACAUUGUUUUUUGUAUUCUUCUUGUAUCAAAUUACAUGGUAUUGGAGAUAUAUAGCUGCAAAACAUCGUUGUCAAAGGAAAAUACAAAAGAAAAUAGAAGAUUUCUUAAAAAAACACUCUAAACAUGUUGAUUUUCCUUAAUUUUAUUGCUACAUUUUAUCCUUAAUUUGAAAUUUACAUUUUAUUGACAAAAUUAUUGAAACUGUCAGCCAUUUCGGUUAAACGAUGUUUCGGUUAACGGAGGUUUUACUGUAAUUACAUCCUUCCAAUUGAAAUAUUCUGAACUAUAAAGGUAAUUUACUCUUGAUGGAAAUUCAUCUUUUUUUACAUACCUCGUAUAGAAUUUGAUAUAAGAUAGUUGUAUUUUAGGUUUUAGUCCAUGCAGAAUUUUUUAUGAAACAAACCUUUUUCCGUUAAAUUAAUAAUACAAGAGUUAUCAUAAUUGAAAUAACUGACAAUAAUGUUAUCCACAAUUAUUUAAGAAAAAUUUUCAAUUUUUUUUUUUAAUUAGAAGGAUGUAAUUACAUAUUAGAAUAUAGUUUUUAAUUCCAAACAACUUUUCAUAAUAACAAUUUUCAAUAUUCUGAAAAAUAAAGCUUGCUUACUAUUGAGCGAAAUUAAUAUUUUUCGACGUACCUCGUAUAAUAUUCAUAAAAUUUAAUAUUUGAUGGUUGAAGGCUUAGGUUUUAGACCAUGCAGAGCUUUUUAUGAAGAAUAACUUUUUUUUUUCGUAAAAUUAAUAAUAAAGAAGUGUUCCAUAUGGUUCCAACUUACAGGGACAUACUGUAUAUGGAAAUGUAUAUUUUUAUAGAUUACUCUACACGACAUGAGUCAUUGUAACCUUAAGUUCGUUUAAGGCCUUAUUUUUGAAUAAAUUGUCCAUUCUCUCAUGUCUGUUGUACAUAAGCAGAAAAAAACAGAAGUUUUAUCUUUGGAAUAAAUUUAAAAGCAUUUCUAAAUCUUCUUAUUUCCAAGCAGUAACAGUCUUCAUCCUCUUAGAAUACCUCCGUUAAAAUUUAGUAUGAUUCGAAUUAAAGAUAAUACUAAUAAGCUAAGACUUCCUUCUAUACAAUAUAUCAGUUUUAUUUCUUGAAUAUUUGAUAGUUGUUUAAGAGCAUGAUUUUAAAACGUUUCUAUUCAGUUUGUAAGAGACUUUAAAGGAAAGACUUCCAAACAAACUAAUCAUGUGAUGUUUCUUUUUUAUGCAAAACGUACAGUAUGUAAUAUAUGUAGAUGGGCCUGUUAUUACGGUGCUGAUCAUAUUUUGACACGUCAGCAACUAUUUAUAGUGCUCUUAUAAUGCCUUUUUCUUUACUCCUAUUUCAGAAAAUAUUAUUUUGUUAAAAGUACAUCAGAAGUAGAUGGUCAAGCUUACCAAAUAAUUCACUGUUUCUGUAAAAUAUUUUUUGCAGACAAAACAUUUUUUGCAAAAUAUUCUCGAAACGAAGUAAUUUUGUAUGUACCUAUAUUUUAAUAAUUUCCCAAGGUAUUUUUUCUUUUUCAAAAAUAACGAGCGAUCCACAAUUAUUUUCAUCAAAGCUAUCCGAGCAAAAAAUGACGUAUGUCUUGUUUUAAUCUGAAUUUGUAUCAUUGGUUUAUAAAUUAAUUUUGUUAACAUUGCAAAACAUAAAAAAAUCAGCCAAAACCUUUAACACAGAACUUUAAUCAAAAAUCAAAAAAAUUAACAAAAUUUUAAGUAACAAUAAUAAAUAAGAUCAAAGAAGAUGCUGUAUAUGUCCACCAACAUUUGUACAUAACGUAACUCUUCUUCUAAUUGAGACUAUCACAUUGUUCAGGACUCACGGACGGAGUAAUAUUUAAUUCUUCAAUAUGAUUCUCUAUUCCUUGUCUAAGAUCUUCCAAAUCCGCUACAGGAGUUUUAAAAAUCGAUUUUUUUAAAUGUUGCCACAGAAAGACAUCAUAGGGAGUAUUUAAACUUAAUACCUACCCUAUUGUCGAAAAAGUCCAUAAUAAAAUUAAUAGUUUGUAGCGUUGUAUGAAUUCGAGCCCCUUCUUGCUGAAAAUAUCCUUCUCUUAAUUCAUCAUCCAUCAAUUGAUGGAGUUAAAAUUUCUUGACGGUAUCUUUCAGCAUUUAGAAUCCGUUCGAAAAAUAUGGAUCCUACAAUAGGUCGCUUGCUUAUAUAGCAGCCCAAACUCAAACAAGUUUCUGUGGAUAUAUAGGUGUUUGCACUACACAUCCUCAUAUUUUGAGAAUUUGUGUAGCCAGAAAGAUGAAACAACAUUCUUCAGUAAAAAAGGUUUUGCCUAAUACAUUAUCAUUAUUAUCGAGAUUGUUCAGAAUCCCUUUAGGGAUAGUCGUUUAGGGCGAUUUCAAGGAAGGCUUGUAAACGAUACGGAUAAAAAUGUAAAUCUUGCUUAAGAAUACGCUGUCAAAUUCCAUAUGAAAGAUCUACCUAUUGAUGUAACUGCCGAAUUGAUGUAGGUGGUUGAUCUACAAUAACUAUUCUGACCAGUUCGACGUUUUCUUCAGUUUGCACUUUAUGCCUGCCCCUGGCUUGUGAGUUAAGCUUACCGUUUCUCUAUAAAUAUCUACAAAGCGACGAAUAUUUCUGCAAAAGACGUCAUAAUGAACCGCAACAUUGAGAAAUUCUUCAACAAAAUGUUCAAAAGCAUCUCGGCUGGAGUCAACGCAUUCUCUUAAUUCUUUGGCCAUUUCUAAAAUACGUUUCGAACAUAGAUCGGUUUUGUUCAUCCGUGAAAACCAUUUUUAAUAAUAAUUUUGUUUACUAAAACUUGAAAAGUCAAAGUUGACGUAAACUGACAAGUAUAUCUGAAAUAAUGAUACACAUGCGCUGUAUAGCUAUCUAUACCUUCAGAGACCACUAUGAUGACAAUAAUUUUGGAUCAGUGGAUAGUUUUGUGCGUACAUUUUAAUUCUUCAGGUAAAGCAACGCCAUCUGUUGUGAGUAACUGAUACUUUGCUAUGAAUUUAAUACGGGGGAACCUAGUUAGAUUUGUGAAUAAGAAUCUGUCGUUAUAAGUCAAAAUAUGAAAAGCACAAUAUAUGAAUUUGCUUGAGCGAUUUCAUAAAUCGUUGUAAUUUGUAAUACUUAUUUUCUAAUUAGCUAUUAUAAAAAUUCGUUUUUAAAAUGCUUGAGGUUACUUAAUUAGUUUUAUUAUUAAAUAUUAUUUACUUAAAAAGUAAUCAAAUACAUGACAGUUGUUGCGACAAACUAUCACUCCUCAGUUGUUCUCCAGAAGGAACAAUUUAACGGUGGAAAUCGUAUUUGAUAAUUUUUUUAGGUUUAAUGCACAAACCAUCAUUGUUUAACACAACAGUAAACGAAGAAAUUAAAGAAUCUCUUUUAAUUUUAGUUAAAAUGUCUGAAUUUGUUUUAUUUUGUAUAUUAUAUCUAAGCAAUAUUAAAUGUUGACAUGUAGAUGUAUUAAACUAACUAAAAAGUGGCACUUUACUUCACUUGCUUCAAGAAAAUAGCGAGUAUGUAUCUGUAAUCUUCUAUUUUAUGUAUAUAUCGUGUUCAAAGUACUCCAUUUUAGAUUUUAUUUUUAUAUGUGGACAAAAUAUGUAACUGAACAAGAUUUUUGUUUCUUUUUAUGUUCAAUUCAUUAUACGCUUUACUGUGAUACAUAGAUCUGAUUUUUUAUGUUGUUAUGAAUCUCAACUUUUUAGUUUGGCAAACAUUAAGCUCAAAAAAAUGUGUAAUAUGCGUUUCUGAUUGCUACUUAAAAAGUUACUAAGUUUGUUUAUAAAAUACGGUCUCUAAUCUAGCGGUGAGACCAUUUCUUUGGUAAUAAUGUAAUGAUGGCUCUUGCUACGCCCCUUCUCGGCGUUCGGAGACAUUUUACGGAUAUCCUGACGUCACGAGAGUUCCAGAAACGUUGCGAAGAAAGAACAGAACUAUAUAGGGUGAGGCAGAUAAAGGGCCUAUUAGAAAUAUCUCGAGAACUAAAGGUAACUGAAUUAUGAAAAUUGGAAUAAGGUGGUUUUGAAGACUGGUCUAUUUAAUGAAAAUAUUUUCAUCUACUUGGUACUUCCGGUUAUACCGGAAGUUGCUUAUAACUUCGAUUUUUUAAAUGGGACACCCUGUAUAUUUUGACAUUUUUGAAUUCUCCUCGAUCUCGUCUUUCUUAAAAUAUAAUGUUUUGUAACCUUAUACAGGGUACGUUAAAUGAUAAUUACGUUUUCUUAUUAAUUUCGUAGCAAUAUUCACACCCUGUAGGAUUGUAGUAGUUUGACAUAAUGAACUCUAUUUAUGUUCAAAUGAUUUUUAAUAUAGUCUGCUAUUGCUAACAAUUAUUAGUAUAGCUAAAUUUUUAAUUUUAGUAUACAGGGUGGGUCUAAACUCGGAAUGAGUAUUUUCUGAGUUUUCUUAAAUGGAACACCCUAUAUUUUAGUAUCGUAAUGGAAUGAUAUUUCAUGGUACUUUUUUAUUUCUUAAGCAUUCCCUAUACCUAACUGCUUUAAUUUGUGCUUAAUUGUUAACCGCAUAAAUAAUCUUAACUUCGAUGGUAUUUUGACAGUUCAACCAUUAUUGGCAAUUUUAAGUACCAGUCUAGAUUAAUAUGUAUUUAUUUUCAAAAAAUUAUUUGUGAUUGAAUAUUUUCACGGCCAACCUAAUACAAUUUCACAUAUUUUGUGUUGCAAUUAAUGUUUUGCUUGAAUCACCAAUAACUCACAAAUUAAAGCAGUUAGGUAUAGGGAGUGCUUAAGUAAUUAAAAUGUACUAUAAAACAACAUUUCACUACAAUACUAAAAUACAGGGUGUUCCAUUUAAGAAAACUCAGAAAAUACUCAUUCCGAGUUUCGACCAACCUUGUAUACUAAAACGAAAAAUUUAACUAUACCAAUAAUUCCUAACAAUAGUAGACUAUAUUAAAAAUCAUUUGAACAUAAAUAGAGUUUAUUAUGUCAAACUACUACAAGCCUGCAGGGUGUGAAUUUUGCUGCGAAAUUAAUAAGAAAACGUAAUUAUCUUUUAACCUACCCUAUGUAAUAUUACAAAACUUUAUAUUUAAAGAAAGGAGAAAUCAAGGAAAAUCCAAAAAUGUAAAAAUAUACAAGGUGUCCCAUUUAAAAAACGAAGUUACAGUCAACUUCCGGUAUAACCGGAAGUAGCAAAGAGACCAAAAUAUUUUCAUUAAGUAGUUCACACCCCAAAACCCCUUUAUAACAAUUUUCAUGAUUUUCUUACCUUUAGUUCUCGAGAUAUUUCUAAUAGGCCCUUUAUCUGCCUCACCCUGUAUAUAGUUUCUGGAACUCUUGUGACGUCAGGACAUCCGUAAACUUUUUCAGAACGCCUAGAAGGGGCGUAGCGUGGGCUUGACAAUAUUCAACUUACAUUUUGCCUAUAUGUGAUGAUCUUGUUUCUUUUUUUUUUUUGUGAAAUAGAAGGUACUGAUUCCAAUUCUAAUGAAAAUGAUUUUAAACAGUAUUUCAAUUUGAGAUUAUUCAGUAGUCUAAAAUUUGCCAUUUUGAUAUUAUCCGUCCGGUGUGUUGUAUUAUUUAUAUUUGUUUGCUUUUGCCAAAUUUUGUGCCAUCCAGAACUAUUUCACGAUCUAAGAGAAUAACGAAAAUCGCCUUAAUGCUUUGAACUUGAUAUAUAAUGAAUUAAAAGUUGACAAAAUGUGAUAUGUAUAAAAUAAACUUUCAAUCUUUGAAGUUUGCGCAAGGUAUUGUCUUUUUUGUGCAUUGUUUACAGAUUUUUCGUUCUGCUUUAUUCUGUAGGAUGUACUUUUAGUCGCAUUGUGGUUAUCUGAAUAUGUACUUUUGAUAUAACACUCAGCCAUAGGAACCUAACGUAUCAUAACCUCAAAAUAUUGUUCAGAAGUUAAUUAAAAUCAGUUUCUAUGUAAUUUCAGACUGUUUAAAACUAUUUUGAGUACAAAUUCAGAUUAUCGUGCUUCAAGCAAAACAACAAUUACAUAUUAGAAAGCAAAAUUAGUAAAAAUUUCCAUUUGUGAUACAAAAUGACCAGUUCAUGUGGUUAUAUUUAUUCAGUAAUAUUUGAUAUGUAAGAUGUUACUUUGCUUUAAGGUUUUAUAUGAGAUUUGCUGGUAUCCUGCGUUACCGGAUUAUAGAGCGUUAUAGAGGAUAACCGAUUGUUGCAUUCAGUGUUGUUUUAGCAAAGAGAGAGUGAUCAGAUUUCAGAUGUUUCGGCUGUGAUAAAUGAGAAAGGUAGAUCUGUAUUUACUGGUACAACUCAAGAUUAUCUGAAACAGUUUGUGAUAGUUUUUGUUUUCAUACAUUCCAUACAUUAGUUUUAAAACAGUUAAAACUUCUUUCAGUAAUUUUGUAGCCCUAUAUAUAUUAAACUUAUAUCCUACCAGUAGAUACGUAGAUGAAGAAGCAAAAUGGUAUUGGAAUUUGAUCUUUUCUCCAAUAAUUAAUAUUCCUGUUAAUACUAGAGUUUUAGAAACAUUUUAACAGAAGUUUUUUUAGUUGCUUGAGAACUAUUUUUAUAAAUUUAUCUAUUUUUAUAAAAGGUAAUGUUUGUGCACUACCAAAUGGUUUUGUAUUUUGCAUUUUUGGUACACCUAAAAAUUUAGAUUAAAAAAUAUGAAGAUUAAAUAAAUUUUUAAUACACUGAUUUUUGACAGAACACACAGUUGUCCAAAUCUAAAAUUUUACAAACUUCAAUGGAAUAUACUUUAAUUUUUCGUAUUAACGUAUCAGGGGUUGCGUCAAUUAUUUGUCUAUCGAUUGAAAAUUCCGUCCAUAUGUACAUAAAAGUGUCAUCUGUUUCGUUAACCACUCGCUCAAACUAUGAGUUGGUUUUAAAAACAAAUAAAACAGUAGUUCCUAUCUGACUUUCUCUCAGUACUUUAUAUUUCUUUCUACUAUUUCUGCCAUACGUUUUUAGAGUCGUUACCGAUAUCAGCUAAUAGAAUGUCCAACCCUAACCUAACUUACAUAUGUACCCGGGUGGAUUGAUAUAAAACUAGUCUUUGAUAGAAAAAACAAGUUUUUGAAGUUAUACUUUACGAUCGAGAGUGAAAUUUUAUAUUUCCCUGGCGCAUGCGCACACAGACAGUAUGUAGUUUGUUGCUAAUCUUUCAAGAUAGGUAUGUAUAUAUCAGCGUAAAUAAGUCAUUAAAAGAAUAUAUUAGUGUUUUUAGUAAAUGUAUUUUUUUUUAUAAUUUUUGUGUCUUUGGAUUUGUAUUCCUCGGUAGUAAGAUAAUAAAAUAUCUAGGUAAAACAUUUUUAUACUUCACUUGAUCUAUUUGUCACCGUGUUGUGUAAUUAUAUCCGAGACGUCACUUACAAGGGGCUCGAUAGCUUGGUUAGUAGAGCAUUGGACCAGAGAUCGAGAGGUCCCGGGUUCCAAUCCCGGAUGAUUCAUUUUUUUGUUUUUAAUUUUUGGUUUUAAUAAAAAAAAUUUUGAAAGUGGUAGGUAAGAAAGUUAUAUUUAAAUAAUAUUUAAAUAAAAUACAACUAACCUGUUAAUUAUAUUAUUUAUUUCGUUAAAAUUAAUAUAAUAGAAGCAGUGGCGGCCGGUGAGGUAGUGCCAUGGAGCCAUGGCACUACCUUUUUUUGAUGCAGAAACAUAUUUUUUUAUCUUUAAACCGUUUUAAUGCCCGUUCAUUUUUUGUGCGUAUUUCUUUUCUCUUUACAAAUUAUAUAAAAUCUGGCAACUGUGCAGUGUAGUACAACCCACGCCACUCACAGCGGACGGGAUGAUCGCAUCGUGCCAGUGCCAAAAGCUUAGAUGGUCAGCUGAAAAGAGAAAGAUUUUACGGGCAUUCUAUGUAAGUGACAGAGAUAGAGCUAUAUUGCACUUUUAAUACACGUUUAAAUGAGACUAUUCGUGCCUGGCUCGACAAGGAAGAUCUAAUAUUUUUUACUAUGAUCAUAGCGUUAUCAUAGUGAAUAGUCGAUCGUAGAUGCAAAAAGAUUCUUGUACUACAGGGUAGUACAUUAUAUUUUCGAGUUUCUUUACGCGCUCGUUUUUGUAUUUAUAAUUAUUACAUUUUUAAUGAUUAAACUUUUUAUUAUAAACUAUUAUAUUUUUAAGUAAUUUAAAAUUUUUUAAUUUUUAAUAAAACCCGAUCUUCAGCUUAUCGUGAUAGUCUAAUUAAACACAAUGAAGAAGUGGAUAAAGAAUCGAUAUGUUUUGAAUCAAAUUAAAAAUUAUAUCUAUAUGGUUUUGUGGAGUUAGUUUUGAGAAAUAACGACGAAAAGGAAAAUUCAGAAAAUAGAAUUAUCUUUAUGGAACUGUUCAAUGUUAGCCGAAUUAGACAACGACUUAGGUUCAUAUUCAAAGUUCCAAAUCUUUAAAAGCAUGUACCUCAAAACAACACAAAAUGAACUCCUUCAGUGCAUCGUAGAUGAAAUGACAGACGUCUCGUCGCUGGUGAAUUUCAGUUGGUUAUAGUUUCCCGAUAUUUGUGUAAAGGGCGAUAAGUUGAGAGAUUUUGGAUUUUACUUGUUGGACGGACAUGAUGUCAAAUCAAUCACUGAAUGCGUUUUAAAUGUUUAAAUUUCUUGAUACCCUAGAAAUGGUGUUCUGAAGCUAUUUUCUUGUGGCAUUUUUAUAAUCAAGUAUAUUCAAAUGGGAAAUAAGCCACAAUUUUACCUAAAAAUGAUUUUAUUAACGUUUCGACGCCCAAGUCGGGUGUCGUUGUCAAAAUACAAAAUAAUAUUAAAUAAACAAAAAUGUUGCUUAGUAAAAAAUUCUUCUAAUAAUUUAUUUAAUCUGACUCAUUUAUAUCGGCAAUUCAGACACGUAUUAUACAUUUUAAAGUAGACGACUUUAAAAAUGAUAUUGCCAAUAUUGAUGAGUUGCGUUCCUGGGACGACUUUACUAAAAGAUAGUUCAUUCGAUUACAUGAAAUCAAUCCCAACUCAAGAAUAGCCGCCACAAAAAAUCAUAGCAUGUGAUCUGUCUUUAAAAAGACAACCAAAUGCAACGGUGGUACUGAAAUUCUCGCGUUAGAGAUUCCAUAGUAAAUCACGAGGGAAAACCAGGAAAAACCUCGUGAUACUAUCCCGACAUCGCAAGUAUUUGGGUUUACAUUUAGUUACUCUCAAAACUAAUACCAAAUUCUGACUUGAUAUUUUAAAUUUUAAAUAAUACUAAAAUACUAAAUAUGUACUAACUCGAUAUGUUACUGAUUUACUAAUUGUGGUAUUUUCUUUCUAUUGACUUCCUCCUUUAGUAUGGGUAACCACAUCCUACUGCAUUCUACCGAGGAAUUUGCGACACAAUUGGUUUCAUUUAGCAUAAUUAGAGCCGCUUCUUUGAUUUUUCUCUUUUUACUAUCUGCUUCUUUUAGGACUAUACUUGAAUCUCUCCACUGAACUCGUAUGUUCAUUAUCCCAUGCGUGUUGACAUAUUUGAGAUCUAUCAAAUUCUCUAUUUUUUAUAUAAGACUGUUAUAAUUAUAUAACUUUUAUAUUCUUAUAUAAAAAAUAGAGAAUUUGAUAGAUCUCAAAUAUGUCAACACGCAUGGGAUAAUGAACAUAGAGUUCAGUGGAGAGAUUCAAGUAUAGUCCUAAAAGAAGCAGAUAGUAAAAAGAGAAAAAUCAAAGAAGCGGCUCUAAUUAUGCUAAAUGAAACCAAUUGUGUCGCAAAUUCCUCGGUAGAAUGCAGUAGGAUGUGGUUACCCAUACUAAAGGAGGAAGUCAAUAGAAAGAAAAUACCACAAUUAGUAAAUCAGUAACAUAUCGAGUUAGUACAUAUUUAGUAUUUUAGUAUUAUUUAAAAUUUAAAUUUAAAAUAUCAAGUCAGAAUUUGGUAUUAGUUUUGAGAGUAAACUAAAUGUAAACCCAAAUACUUGCGAUGUCGGGAUAGUAUCACGAGGUUUUUCCUGGUUUUCCCUCGUGAUUUACUAUGGAAUCUCUAACGCGAGAAUUUCGGUACCACCGUUGCAUUUGGUUGUCUUUUUAAAGACAGAUCACAUGCUAUGAUUUUUUGUGGCGGCUAUUCUUGAGUUGGGAUUGAUUUCAUGUAAUCGAAUGAACUAUCUUUUAGUAAAGUCGUCCCAGGAACGCAACUCAUCAAUAUUGGCAAUAUCAUUUUUAAAGUCGUCUACUUUAAAAUGUAUAAUACGUGUCUGAAUUGCCGAUAUAAAUGAGUCAGAUUAAAUAAAUUAUUAGAAGAAUUUUUUACUAAGCAACAACAUUUUUGUUUAUUUAAUAUUAUUUUGUAUUUUGACAACGACACCCGACUUGGGCGUCGAAACGUUAAUAAAAUCAUUUUUAGGUAAAAUUGUGGCUUAUUUCCUAGAAAUGGUAUAUACCUACAUAAUGUAAAAGUAUCCGUACCUAUUUUUUUAAAUUUCUAUUUUAUACCUUUUUUGACAAUAUCGUGAACCCGUCACUAAAAAUUUAGGCAGCUGCCCGAAUUCUGGCACUACCUAUUUAAAGUGAUACGAGCCGCCACUGAAUAGAAGUAUAACUUUUUACGUGCGUACAAAGUACACACACAUUCUUUUUUUUAGGAUUAAAUCAAUUUAUUUCUCAACAUAGUACCCUUUUAGCUCGAUACACUUAGUAAGACGACGUUCCAAUUUUUUUAUCCCAUCCGAAUAGUACUUUUGCUCGAGCUCUUCAAAGAAGUUUCCGAAGUGUCAGCGACGCGCGAUGACUUCAUCAUUUGUUGCGAAACGGCGUCCUCAGAGCCAUUUUUUUAGGUUUGGAAACAGGAGAAAGUCGUUGUCGGCAAGAUCUGAGGAAUACGGUGGGUGUUCAACCGAUUCAUAGCCCAAUUCGUGUAAUUUUACCAUGGCGAAGGCCGCCCAGCGAGCCGGUGCGUUGUCUUGGUGAAAGAGCACUUUUUUGCGUGCCAAACCGGGGUGUUUUCAACGCGAUUCGGCAUCGAAUCGAUCCAAUAAUGCUGCAUAGUACUCGCCAUUGAUUGUUUUUCCUUUUUACAAGUAGUCGAUGUGGAUGAUGCCCUUCGCAUCCCAGAAAACAGUCGGCGAUCCCUUUUGUCGGCCGAAUGUGCACUUUUUACCUUCUUCGGCGGGCCUUCGUCGCGUUUACGCCACUGUUUAGACUGUUCUUUGGUUUCCGGUGUGUAAUAAAGCACCCAGGUUUCAUCAACGGUGAUAAAUCGACGAGCCGUAUCAUCGUCAAAAGCGUCUCCGAAGUGGUAACACGUUUUCGCAUUUGGUCGAUUGUCAGCGCGGGAUAGCAUUUCAUGUCCAAAUGAUGAUGAAUGACGUUGUGUACGCGUUCGUAGAAAAUGUUUAGGACCUCUACUAACACGCGGAGCUUGAUUUGACGAUCUGCGGAUCUGCUAUAAUCAUAUCAUGGACUUUGUUGAUCAUUUCCGACGUGGUGACUUCAUUUGGCCUCCCGGGACGGUCAUCAUCAAAAACACGUACGACCACGCACAAAUUCAGCUUUCCAAAAUUUUACUGUUGCUAACGAAGGUACAGCCUUGAUUUGCACAUUCGGUUUCCCCUUUUUGUGGAGGAACUUGAUCACCGAACGAUACUCGAUUUUUUCCAUUUUUCCGAAAACACAAAAGUUGUUUGCUUCUGACGGCUGUAAAAACCAAACUAAUAGCUUUUUGGCUUAAAAUUUUGAUAGACAUUUCAUGAAUGGCAAAUGUCAAAACCGGGAGCAAUUCGGUAUCAAGUAACGCCAUCUAUCAAAGGCUAGUUUUAUAUCAAUCUAUCCUCGUACUAAUUGAACAAAAAUCUGUUUUUUAACCGAUCACAACAUCAACAAUAAAUUUUUACUGCCAAAAAUUUCCAAUAAAUCUACCGAUUUGCAAUUAUUAUUUACCUACACACGCCCCCUUGUAAUAAAAUCUAUAAUGUGUACAUUAAUUUCAGCUAAAACUUUCGUCCAUAUUUAAUUUUAGAUUCAGACAACCUUAGUACGAGCUAUAUACCUAACGAAUAAUUUUUAAUCUAAAAAAGUAACAAUACACAUCAGAUCUGUGCCAAAAUAGAAAUUACCUAAUUUUGCCCUUUUCAUUUUUUAAUGUUGCAGAUUUUUUAUUGCAAAGUUUCAUAUACUUUUAAGGCAAGAUGAUAAUCAUAUUUUAUCGGUCAAAACUAAAUUUACCGAAUUAGGCAGCAACACACACACACAUACAUACACACAUAUACACAGACUGUUGAGUUUUCAAUUAGAUAUACGGACUAUAAAUGGCAACACUGCUUUCCCGCCUAAUGCACCAGAUUCGCGGCGAUUCAUUCAGUCAUUCUUCAUUCUACAGUGGCAAUGCAACUCAUUUUCAUAAGCAAUGUUGCCGAUUUUAACGCUUUCUUCAUUUUGGUAUAUCUAAUCAAACACUAAACAGCCUGUAUAUAUAUAAAGACUAUGUGCUCCACAACGUACUAACUUCUUGCUGAUGUUUGUUCUGGGCGGCUGAUCACUGCAGCUAGGAGAAUUUAAAACUGGUUUCGCUCAAAAAUGUUUCUGUACCUACAGUGUCAUAAACUGUAGAUUAACUUUAUUUCACGAAUUUUUAGAGUUCAAAUCCUCGUUUCAAAAUCAUGUUGCCUACCAAUUAAAUGACUUUUGACGUUUACAUCUUGUAGUAGACGUUCUUCUGCAGCCUUCAGUGUCCCUAUAUUAAUAUUUUGAGUACUAUAAUGUGUGUGGACCGUUUCUGAAUCCAAAUUCUCUUUUUUCUUUUUCCAAGUGGCUUGUAAAAUUUUAUAACAAAUGUUCAAGCUAUUGUUACACUUAGUAUUUUCCGCUGAACCAAAAAACAUUAGAGAAGUACUGCAUUGGAAGGAGAAGACAUUACACUAAACAUCUGUCAGUCGCUGACACUUUGCGCAUGCGUACUUCCUCUGUAGAAACGUUUAACAUGAGAAGUUGGAAUGUUGUGAGUACACUGGUCUCAAACCACUCUUGCAUUAUAAUAUAAUGCAGCGUUUCAGUGAAUGUUUAGUAGUAUACAAGUGUACAAUGUUUUUAACAAUAAUUUGUACACUUUUCGGUGCAUUUAUUUCGCUGAAAUCGACUGUAUGAUUUACCUUUUUUACAUUCCUUUAUUUUACAUUCAUUUAUAUAGAGAAUACAUAUGUAAUGAACAUCGAUAUGAAUUUUUUUCAUCUUUUUUUGUAAUCUUCACAAUAUUUACUCAGUGACUUCUCUCUAGUUAUCGCUUUCACUUGUAAAAUAUUUGUUAUUCAGUAACAGUUAAACGAUUAUUUGAUUUAAUUUUUUUAGAGAAAAUUAGAAAUAUGGAUGUGUAAAUUGACAAUCAGUUUUAAGACAUUAUUGUAAUAUUUGGUUUUAAUAAAAUUUUUAAUCAAUAAUUUAUAAGACACUCUCUAAAUAUAUUUAUACAACUGAUUUAAACAGAUUUUGAAACGAAAAUGACAACACAAAAACCACUUGGGUUUAAAUCUGGAGGUCUUAGUGGUUUAUAAUUUAUUUUUAGUGUUAAGUAUCUUUCUCUGAUUCUUCUACUAUAUAUGGCAUCUUCGUUUUGUAGCCUUAUGACAAGUGGUAUUUUUUAUUUUGUACUCAAAUCAAAACUGUUCACAUGCAAAUAUUAUUGCAAGUGAUAGUUUGAAUAACCUAACAGUUAACCAGAGACAUAAAAAGGUAUCUGCUAUCGUGAUAAUUUCAAUUUGAUUUUGGAUACAGCAUUUUUGUACAGAUAUGUGUUUCACUAAAUAGAAGUGUUUGGUCUGCAGAUACCUUUUAUGUGCAUUUUAUAUUCACCACCACAAUUAACCACCCACCUUGUAUUUCUUUGAAUUUGCAGAAAUUGUCAAUCUUAGAUCCCAUUUUAUGAAAGAUACUGUGAAAACUACCUUUAAGGAAAAGAAAACAAUAACAUUUUUGAAAAUAAAAGUUAUCAAGGGAUAGAGAUGGGAAAAACCUACCGGUUAUAACCUAAAUCCGGUUUUUUACUUCGCUAUAACCGGUUUUACCGUUGUUUUUUUUGUCCCGGUUAUAACCGGUUUUUUCUUUUUAAAGAAAUAACCGGUGAAAAACCGGAGAAGUUAUACCUCUGAAAAAAAUAAUGAAAUAUUAAAUAUGUAGUUGAAUAGUUUUGUGUAUCUUGUGUAAAAAGGAAUUAAUUUUUUAACGAAAUUUAACAAAUUUGACAAAAAAAUUAUAGGUCUGGAUCCCGCGUACAAAAAAAGUUGAUUAAUAUCAAUCUGAAAAUUUGUUAAUAACUUAACGGUGUCUAGUCGGACAAACUUUGAUGUAUGAGAACACUGGAACAGGGUAAGUUUUAAGUUUGGAACGUGGUUUUAAUUGUGGAACGUGUCAUCCUGACAAGUUUAUGAUUGUGAAAACUAGCAGGUUGUUUUUAAGUUUAUUCGAUAGAAAAAUAUAAUAUAUUUUUCUAUCGAAUAGUUUAUAUAAUAUAUGAAAAAAUGUUUGUCCGACAAAUAUGUUGGGUAUUUUAAUAAGUCCGACACGUAGAACAUGUCAAAUGACAGGAAUUAUAUUGGUGGUAAAUAGCAGUCUGAUUUUUGUAUGAGUUUAUUGAAAGGGUAACAAAUCAAUCGGAAGUUCUGUCCGACAAAAUACAUGGGACGUUUUUCGUAGUCUGACCUUUAAAAACUGUAACCUGUUCUACAAUUAAAAUUUCCCCUGUUCCCGUACAUCUAAGUUUGUCCGACUAGACACUGUUAAGCUAUUAAUAAAUUUUCAGCUUACUAUUAAUAAACGUUUUUUUGGUACGUGGGAUCCAGGCCUAUUAGGACAAUAGGUCUAGUUCAGAAUUACAAUGAUUCAUUGUUUGUUUUAUAAGUUUGACUAUUUUUAAUGUUUCAUUUUUGUUUUUAUAAUCCGUAUACAUGCAUAUAUUAUACGUUAUAAGCCUAAUUUACUUCAUAUUACUUUUAUAUUCUUAUGAAUAGGUAUAUAAAUAACUUCACUACCUUUUGUAUUUUUCAAUUAAUUGGUUUAUUUGGACCCAAAAUGUUCAUUGCGUUAGUUUAUUAUAUUAUUUGACCUCUAACAUUUGUUUUACAAACUAAUUUCUCCGCUUAUAUUGGGAACUGGCAUCCGGUUUUAAAAAUAGCUGCUAACAUCCGAGUACCGAAACCGAGUACCUUAGCUAGUCUCUCUAAUCAGCCCUAAAUAUCCAUCCUUGGAUAUAGGCCUCCUCUUCCUUCCUCUGUGCCUCUCUUGGACAUUUUGCAUCCAUUUUGACCUGCCGUGUUUCUUCAGGGCAUCUGACCAUCGCAUUUGUGGCCUUUCCCUUUUUUUGAUUCCACAUUCUCUAAUGUAUAAUCAUCUUAGUCCAUCUUUCAAUCUUCUGACUUAGGGUAUGUCGUAUGUUCUGCGAACUUCUGAUGACUGAUUUCUAUUUUCGAUCCCAAUUGGCUAGUUCGAACUUUCAGUUCCACUUUCCCUAUCCCACUGCGCAAUAUCUAAUACACGCCGACGCCGUUUAUCGAUUAUAUUGGUAUCGAUAUCGAUAGUAUCUGUAUGGAUAAUAUUGAUAUUGAUUCGAAUGGAGUGUCGCAACCUUAAAUGCAAUUUAAUGUAACGUUGUAACCUAUUGGGUAUUGCAAAAAACCGAAAAGCGGUUUUUGGAACAACCGGUUUUUUUGACCGGUUAUAACCGUUAGAUUAAACCGUAAAUAAAAAAACUGGUAUAACCGAAAACCGGUGUUUUGUCAAUAACCACCAUCCCUAUCAAGGAACGUUUAGCAAAAAUCCAAUGUUUAAAAAUCUUCGAUGAAAAUUCAAACAAGCAAACAUAAUUUUGAAAAUCAUAGACUAAUAAACAAAUACUAGUGUUAAUGAUGGGUGUUGCCACCUCCUCUGGCUCUUAGGAUUUCUUGGAGCCGGUUCGGCAAUCCAUUCAUGAUAUCCUGGAUAUCCGAUUGGGAAAUAUUGUGCCAUUCCUCUACCGCAGCCGUCUUAGCUCUCCAAAUUAUGUACUGGCUAGUACUCUUGCUCUUACCCGGUUUUUGAGUUGUCCCAAACGGAUUCAAUUGGGUUAAGAUCGGGAUUGCGUGCCGGCCAUUGUCGUGAUUAGAUUGACUUUCUUUUCAAUAAUUUUAUUAUUUUCUUUUCCUCAGAGUAAUAACCGGUAAAACCGGUUUUUUACUUCGCAAUAACCGGUUAUUGCGAAGUAAAAAACCGGUUAUUGCGAAGUAAAAAACCGGUUUUAGGUUAUAACCGGUAGGUUUUUCCCAUCUCUAUCCCUUGAUAACUUUUAUUUUCAAAAAUGUUACUCUUAUCUUUUCCUCGAAGGUAGUUUUCACCCUAUCUUUUAUAAAAUGGAGUCCAAUAUUGACAAUUUCUACAAAUUGAAAGAAAUACAAGGCGGGCAGUUAAUUGUGCCCGUGAGUUUAUAUUCAUGACAUGUAUAUACAAACAUUUUAAGCAAUUGUAUAUGACCUCUAAAAUGUGGUGUAGUUUUUCGGAAAGAAUAGAUUUUUAUAAUUUUAUAAUUGGUUCCGAGAACUUGGAUUCAUUAUCUUUUUGUACUACAAGAAACCUAACGCAAUUGAAAAGAUAAGGCUUGGAUUCACUUUCAACUCAGUUAAAGUACCAUUGGAAUUGUACUGUAGAUGGUUAAGUUAUGAAAUUGCAACGUUCAAGAUGUUUUUUUUCUUGAAAAUCAAUAGCCAUACGUUUACGAUUAAUAUACAGAGGAAAAAGGGUGCUUCCUAAGCCUCCUGUUCAAUUUUCUUGUAAUCUUAGAAAUGUGUUUUUGUUGAAAUGAGGUAAAGUUAUUUAGGAACACAGUGUUCAACAAUUUCGAUUUUAAUUACUGUUACUGUUUAUUUUGUUCAUCAUAUAUAUUUUGUAAUAUUUUAUUGUUAAAUACAUAAUGGGUUCAAAAAUG